CCGUCCCAUUAACACUCUCAGGGCUGAGAGAUGUAAAAUUUCCCAACGGAAUAAACUUCCUGUGACGUCACUCUCAAACCAGUUCCGACUUUUCGUGGAUUUGAGGCCGGGCUAUGGAGGGCUGGAGGUCGGUUUCGAGAAUUUCCCCCCGGUAUUUAGAGACACGGAGAGAUUCAGUAGAAUUGAGUAUCUCUACAACGGAGGACAGUGCGUUUAAAUCCUUGUUAUUUUUGUGAGAAAAUAAAAUGAUUAAAAAAUAAGCAAACAAAAUAGAAUAUUAAAGAUUGAUUAAGAAAUACAAGUGACGCAAAAAAAAUAUUUUGUGAUCAAUGAUUAAGUACCAUGAAGCGUGAUGGUGAAUCACAAGAUGAAAAUUCUAAAAUUCGUGAUUCAUUUUUUCUGUAUCAUCGUUCCAGUGCUGUGUUCUCUUCCUGUUAUAACUGAGCACCCAAGCUCCCUAGUAGUGGGUAGGGAGGAACCAGCUACUCUCCGAUGCCAGGGGGCAGGUCAACCUCCACCUGAUAUUGUCUGGUUCAAGAACGGAGUUGAGGUCACCACUGCACCUCAGGACCCAUCAUCUCACAGGGUUUUGUUGCCGGCUGGUUCACUAUUUUUUCUCCGGGUAGUACAGAACAGGAGGGAGGAUGAUACUGGAACCUACUGGUGUGUUGCGAGGAACAAGGACGGAGAAACAGUCUCAGAAAAAGCAGAAUUGGAGAUAGCAUUUUUGAAAAGUAUGUUUGUUGAUGAGCCCCUGGAUGCCUGGGUUCUUGUUGGAGAGAAGAUUAUCCUGCCUUGUUCUCCACCCCCUGGUUUCCCUCAACCUACUGUAUCCUGGUGGAGGGAUGGAGUACAGCUCAAUAUAGAUACAGAAUCCAGGAAAUAUAGAUACAGAGUCCAG